UACCAAUAGAAGAAGAAAAAGAAUAGAGGAAUAAAAAGUGCCGCUGAAAAAGUGUUAAAAGUAAUGUUUUAAGUGAAAUUACAAAGUGUAAAUUUGUAGAAACAGCAGCGCCAUGGACGUACAGCCGCCGCGAGAUGCCAGUUUACGCAAUAUUAUCGACAAGCUGGCAGAGUUCGUGGCCCGGAACGGUCCGGAAUUCGAGGCCAUAACAAAGCAGAAGCAGCAGAACAACCCCAAGUUCGAGUUCCUGUACGGCGGCGAGUUUGCCAGCUACUAUCAAUUCCGGGUGGCAGCGGAGCAGACGCUGCUCAAGCAGCAGGGCAUACCUCAACAAAUGCCGCAAGGCGCCCAAGGCGGCGGCCACUACAUGCAACACCCUCCGCCCAUGCAGCAAUCCCAGCCUCCUGGUCAUUAUCCGCUACCUAACCACCAGCAGCAGCAACAGCACCCGCAAGAGAGCGCACAAGACAAUAUGCAGCAGCAGCAACAGCAAUCCCAGCACAUGUGGCCACCCAAUGCAGGCCAAGGCGGGCCGCCAAAUAACCAGCAGCAGCAGCAAGCUAAUGGCAAUGCUAUGGUCAUGAACCUAACCUCCCAAUUGGACGCCAUCAAGCUGCAACAGAAGACGCUGCGGGAACAAAUUAAGCAAUCCGAAGCGAAUCUCUCCGCACAACACACGGCGCUGAUGAACCAGAAGUCGAAACAGAUCGAGGAGGCGAUCGCCGGGGCGCAGACGACGCAGCUGGAGCAGCUGGCCGGGGAGCAGGGCAUCGUGCUGAGGGACUUUGAUGGCGUCUUGCAACCGAUCAUAGAGUCCUGCACCAAGGACAGCAUCUCUGCAGGCAAGAACUGGAUUUUACAGCAUUCAACCGACAGCGCAAAAAUCAAUGUCGUUUUACAAUAUCUUUUAAAGAAGGCUUUGGUCAAUGGUUCAACGUUUCAGCAAAAAUUGCAUCUUAUAUAUUUAGUUAAUGAUAUACUCCACCACUGCAUGCGCAAGAACAUCAAUGACUUGAAGAACAACCUCGAGAAUGUCGUCAUUCCGAUGUUCUGCAGCGCCGAUUUGAUUGCCAGCAAUGAUCAGCGCCAGAAGCUAGCCAAACUGUUGUCGCUGUGGGAGUCCAAAGCUAAGUUCUUUGAUGCCUGCGUCAUCUCGAAGCUACAGUCGCCGGACUCAUCGAUGCAGGAGUACAAAACCAAUCUGCAGAACACACAUCCCGACAUAACCGCCAAAUUCACACAGAACACCAAGGCCACCCUAGACAACUACCAAAAACAGCAUCAAAUAUUUAUCCAACACGCCAGCCAGCAGAUUGCCCAGCUAGAGCAGCAGCGCCAGCAGCUGGAGCAGCAGCUUAUGGUGGCCCAAAAGUCCCAGCAACAUAUGCUGCAACACCAAGGAGGACCAGCUGUGGGGAAGAACAUACCCUCAUUAAUGUCCCACCGAGUUAAUAUGCCUGGGAACCGAGAGCAUAUGGUCAACCCCUCGGGGCCGCACGAUCCCCAACAGCAUCCUCAGGCGGCGGGGAACAAUGUAUACCCGGGAGCCAACUUCCAUCAGCAGCAACAGCAGCAACACCCGGGAAACCCCUUUGCGGAUCCUAGGGGUCCGAACUUUUUCAUUCCGGACAUGUCAAAGCCACCGCCAGGUUUUGCUGGGCCCAUGCUUCAUCAUGGCCAAGGGCCACCUAUGCAACAGCAGCAGCAACAGGGUCCAUAUCCACAAAUGCAGCAGGGCCAGGGAGGAACCAACAACGAGCCACCUGUUGAUCUGGGCGUGCUGAAUGCCGCCAUUCAGGCUGUGAUGCAGCUGCAGCAACGCCAGCCCGACGACCCGCAGCAGGCAGGGCCAGGUCCUCACCAAAUGCAGCAGCAGCAACAACCGCCGCCCAUGGCUGCCUAUCCUCAGACCUUGCGAUCUGGUGGCCAGCCGGGUGAACCAGUGGAUCUUGAUGUGCUUAAUGCUGCCAUUCGAGCGGUGAUAACGACUAAACCCGAGGACGGGCAUUCAGACCAACAGCAACACUCAUCAGAAGAUGGCCAGCAAGCAGAAGGAGACUCUGCGGAGUCUCCUGUCGUUAUCGGAGAGCCACAAAUACCCACAGCGCCUUACUAUGACCUGCCAGCGGGUCUAAUGGUGCCCCUAAUCCGGCUGGAAGACUACAAUUACAAACCUCUGGACCCAGCAGACAUACGACUGCCAGCUCCAGCGCCACAAAGCGAGCGGUUGACCAAUGCAUUGAAUGCUUUCUAUGCCGCUCCCUCGCACGAUCGUCCCAGGGAUAAUGAGGGUUGGGAGAAGCUUGGUCUCUAUGAGUACUACAAGGUUAAAAAUGCGGCGCGGAAGCAAAAGGAGGAGGAAAUCAAGGAUGGCAUACGGGAAAAGUCCCGCUCCCCCAGUCCCAUUGUGCUAGAGAAGCCCAAGCCUAAGAAGGGCAAUAAGCGGGUUUAUCGGUCCAAGAGUCGCAGUCGCUCUCGAUCCCACACACCGCCGCCACGUGACAGAUCACGUUCCCGGUCCCGCUCUCGAUCCCGUUCUCGAUCCAUGGAACGCGCCCUGACGCCGCCGCCGAUGCAACGCAACAGGUCCGGCGGCGGUGGCGGAGGAGGAGGAGGUGGUAGCAAUCGCAAGGGUCGCAACCGAUCGCCUCGUCACGAACGGGAGAACAAUAACAACAACAACAAUCGGGAGAAUCGUUCAGAUCGCAGCAACGUUGGCAACUCGGGCAGUAAUGCCAAUAAUGGCAACAAUGCCCUUAGACGAGUGGAGCGCGACAGAUCACCAACUCCGCCGAGUUUCCUGGGCAGUAACUUUGCCAAGCCUCAGGAAUUCAUCGAGGAGUCAAACAAGGGCCACCAAAUGCUUAUGAAAAUGGGUUGGGCGGGCACUGGCACGGGACUGGGCUCAAAGAACCAAGGCAUAGAUACGCCAAUUUCCGGUGGCGAGGUGCGGGACCGUCGAGAAAUGUACAAGGGCGUGGGCGCCAACAUGCACGAUCCCUUCGAGAGCUUCCGCAAGAACAAGGGCGCGGCAUUCGCACAUCGCAUGCGUACCCGGGACGACAAGAGUUAAGGAUCUGAGGCAGAUUAGCAACUCCCACAUUUUAUUUUUUGUUUUGUUUCCACAGCAAAAAA